GUUCCUUCCCAUUCACUGCCCUUCCUUUCAUCCGGAGCCUGACCCGGAUCUUUUCCUGUUCAAGGUGCUCUGCGAGUCUUCCCCCCCGCCCCCUCCGAAGCAGCCCUCGGAGCUCUGGGAUGGGGGGGAGGCUUCCUCCCGGCUGAUCUUCGCGCCGAGGGAUUGCAGCCUUCAUGCCUAGUAUAGAGAGGGUUGCGGUGGGAAGGGAAGCAAGGCGUCUUGGCGUCUUCGUCCCCGGCUGCCCGCCCCGCUGAGCUGGACGGGGGUGCGGUGCGUCUUGUGCACGGACACGAGCUUUCCAAGGCUUUGAGCCUGGCGAGUUGGAAGCUCCGUGGAAGGAAGCGGGAGAACAAAUUUCACCGGCAUCAGCGGAUCUUCCGAGCGGGAAGCGACCGGGUGGCUAAACGGGACGUCAGGCAACUUCUGAAGAUGCGGCUUUGUGCAUUUUGUGAAGGCGGAAACACGAACGUCUGACCCCAAAUCCAUGAAACUGAUUCUGGGUGGAUAUGCAAGAGAAUCCCAGGAAAAUGUCUUCGUUGGAAUUCCCUAACGUGACAAUAAAGUUAGAAGACAAAGAAGACAUCUCGUGGCUUCCAAAUAACCAGGUGGCAGAAGGAAGCCGCAGUUUCUCAGCUGAUAAUUCAGGAUUUCCUGUUCCCAAGUCUGAAGUGAUCCAUGGGGGAGAUCCAUGGAUUCCAGAGCCUAUUUCACAAGAAAAGGAAAUCCAAGUAGAUUAUGGUUCCGAGCUUCCAGAUGUAAUAAUAAAGCUGGAACAGGAAGAGAUCCCGUAUGUUCCCUGCCCCCAGGUUUCAGAAACAAGCGUGACAUUCAAAACAGUCCAGUCAGGAGGUGGCCAUGACAAAAUGUUGCAGAGAGAAAUGCCAUUUUACUCCGGCUGUGUGAGACGUUUCCCUGACAAACCCAACCGUAUCAAACAAGAGAACCAAAACACAGUGGAGAAGCCGCACAAGUGCUCUUGCUGCACCAAAAGCUUCAUGAAAAGGUCCAACCUUCGUACCCACGAGAGAAUCCACACGGGAGAGAAGCCAUUCCGGUGCUCCGAAUGCGGCAACAGCUUCAGCGACGGCUCCAGUCUCAUCAGGCACAAGCGGAAGCACACCGGGGAAAAGCCGUACAGUUGCUCUGCAUGCGGGAAGCGGUUCAACCAGAGCUCCAGCCUCAUCAGGCACGAGCGGAGUCACACCGAGCAGAGACCCUACAAAUGCUUGGAGUGUGGGAAAAGGUUCAACCAGAGCUCCACCCUCGUGCGGCACGAAAGAAUCCACCGAGAACAGAGACUCUACAAGUGCUCGGACUGCGAGAAGAGAUUUAUUCAGAGUUCAAGCCUUCUUGCUCAUGAGAGGAUCCACCGGGGAGAGAAACCUUACAGCUGCACAGCUUGCGGAAAAGGCUUCGUCCAGAAAUCGAACCUUCUGAUUCACGAGAUGAAGCACACCGGUUUGAAGCCGUUCAAGUGUCCAGACUGCGGGAAAGGCUUCAAUCAGAAUUCAAGCCUCGUCAUACACCGGAGAAUCCACACGGGGGAAAAACCGUACAGUUGCUCGCACUGCCGGAGACCUUUUAGCGACAAGUCGAGCCUUAACAAACAUGAGCGAGCCCACCGAGGGGACAAACCGUACAAGUGUUCCAGCUGCGGGAAAAGUUUCGUGCGGCGGUCUCACCUCUUGACUCACGAAAGGAUCCACACGGGAGUGAAGCCGUUCAAAUGCUCGGACUGUGGGAAGAGCUUCAGUAGCCGGUCGCACUUGAUCAGACACGAGGGGACGCACACGGGGGAGAAGCCCUACGAUUGCUCUUUCUGCGGGAAGAGCUUCAACCGGAAGUCCAACCUGACGAACCACGAGAGGACCCACACGGGGGAGAAGCCUUACAAGUGCUCCGAUUGUGGGAAAAGCUUUAGCGACAGGUCCAGUCUGAUUAAACACGAGAGGAUCCACACUGGGGAGAAGCCGUACAGUUGUGCGUCCUGCGAGAAAAGCUUCAGCGACAAAUCGAGCCUUAUCAGGCACGAGCGAAUCCAUACGGAAGAGAAGCCGUACAAAUGCUCCGAUUGCGGGAAAGGAUUCAACCAGAGUUCGAGUCUCAUCGUGCAUGAGAGAACUCACACGGGGGAGAAACCCUUUAAAUGCUCUGACUGUGGGAAAGGCUUCAUUCGGAGGACGAUUCUUAAUAAACACGAGAGGACCCAUGCUGGGGAGAAACAAUAAAAAAAACCCUGGGUUAGUGGAUUAGGCCCAGAUUCCGUUAUGAACUCCUAGAUUUUCUGAUUUGACAGUACACUGCUUGAAGGAAGCUGUAUGGAGUUAAUGUAGGCUAGUCAUAGAGCUGUGCACUGAGACAUUCAUUACUUCUGUGAUGUUAGAUAGUCUUAGAGCAGAGGUGUGGCAAUUUUAGGCUCUGUGGACUACAACUCCUAGAAUUCCAUGCUGACUCAGCAAUUCUGGGAGUUGAAGUCCAUAGAUCCUAAAGUUGCCAUACUUGUCACCCCUGCCUUAGAGAGAGAUCUCUGUCCUUGCCUUCAAACCCUCUUCUGUCAUUAAGUGGCAUGGGGAUUUACGCAAAGGCCACGGAGCACACAGAAUUGUCUGCUGAAAGGCGUUACAUUACUUAGAGCAGGAGUCCUCAACCUUGGCAACUUUAAGACUUGUGGACUUCAACUCCCAGAAUUCCAUAGCCAGCAAGUCUUAAAGUUGCCAAGGUUGAGGAUCCCUGACUUAGAGUGAAUUGUAAACAUGUUCGAUUCUGCUGCUGGAAUGUGAUCCUGAUAUUAUUCCUUGCAGUGUUUCUCAACCGUGGCAACUUUGCGAUGUGUGGACUUCAACUCCCAGAAUUCUCCAGCUAGUGUUGCUAGCUGGAGAAUUUUGGGAGUUGAAGUCCACACAUCGUAAAGUUGCCAAGGUUGAGAAACACUGCAGUUUAUGGAGAGCUGUCGGUGUAUGGCAUAGAGAGGAUGCACAAGAGAGUCUGUCAUGGUUAAGGGUAGACUGGAGGCUUGUGGGCUUGAUACGUCAACUGUAUGAAAUUGUUCUUUCUCCAGAAAAUAAAACAAGUGUGUGUGACAGGAAAAAUAAAACAUGGAAUGUCAAGAAUGAUGAACCUA